AUGGCAAACAGCGCGUCUCGCGAGCACAGUCAAAACCAAUGCUCCGCAGCCAACAGCAGCGUCCUGCUGGCGCAGGGCGACCUCCCCACUCUGACCUUGUCUGGGAAGAUCCGAGUCGCGGUGACUUUCUUCCUUUUUCUACUCUCCACGACCUUUAACGCUUCUUUCUUGCUGAAACUUCACAAGUGGACUCAGAAGAAAGAGAAAGGGAAAAAGCUCUCGAGGAUGCAGGUGCUUUUGAAACAUCUGACCUUAGCCAACCUGCUGGAGACGCUGGUGGUCAUGCCGCUGGACGCAGCGUGGAAUAUCACCGUGCAGUGGCGCGCGGGGGAGGCGCUGUGCAAGGCACUCAGCUACCUGAAGCUCCUGUCCAUGUACGCGCCGGCCUUCAUGACAGUGGUCAUCAGCCUGGACCGCUCCCUGGCGGUCACCAGGCCCCUGGUUGUGAAGAGCAACCGCAAGUUCGGACAGUCCAUGACUGGCCUAGCCUGGAUCCUCAGUGGUGUCCUUGCCGGACCACAGUUAUACGUCUUUAGGAUGAUCCAUCUAGCAGACAGCUCUGGCCAGACAGAAGUUUUCUCUCAAUGUGUAACACAUGGCAGUUUCCCACAAUGGUGGCAUCAAGCCUUUUAUAACUUUUUCACCUUCAGCUUCCUCUUCAUCAUCCCUCUUCUCAUUAUGUUGAUCUGCAAUGCAAAAAUCAUCCUCGCCCUGACACAAGUCCUUCAUCAGGAUCCCCACAAACUACAGUUGAAUCAAUCCAAGAACAACAUACCCAGAGCACGGCUGAGGACCCUGAAGAUGACGGUUGCAUUUGCCACCUCAUUUGCUGUCUGCUGGACUCCCUAUUAUGCCCUAGGAAUUUGGUAUUGGUUUGAUCCUGAAAUGUUAAAUAGGGUGCCAGAUCCAGUAAAUCACUUUUUCUUUCUGUUUGCUUUUUUAAACCCAUGCUUUGAUCCACUUAUAUAUGGAUAUUUCUCUCUGUGA